CCUGCUCUGGCACUCUGCUGGAGCACCCAGCGCACCCACACCAGCGAGCACCCCUUCACCUGUGCCCAGUGUGGCAAGGGCUUCACCUGCUCCACCAAGCUGCUGUCCCACCAGCGGGUGCACACCGGCGACCGUCCCGUCCCCAACCCGGUGUGUGAAGAGCGCUUUGCCAUGGUCUUCCAUGCCCUGUCUCACCAGCGCGUGCACACCAGUGGCCAGCCCUAUGACUGCCCGUACUGCGCUGAGGAGUUUGACAGCUCGCGGGGGUUACGGGCAGCACAGGCAGACCCACACCGACCUCCGUCACCCACCGAGGGGCCGUCUUCAUCCAACCUCAGGAACCCACCAAGGGCCAGUCUUCAGCUGCCGAGUCCUCUCUUGGACGGCACCAUCCGUCCGUUGUGA